AUGGCCGAACAAAACAGCUUCAAGACUGAGGCUCGACGGAGCGAGGAGGGUCACGGCCUCCUUAACGGCGACGAGAAGCGUGUCGAGGAGAGUUAUGAUCUUGAGGCCGCCGCUGGCCCUGCUAGUGAACAGCAAUCCGACGCCGACAAGAACCGCAACAACAACCCCGUCGAAUACACCAUCUCACCGAAUGUCAAGUUUGCCUGGUUGAGCGCCUACUUCUUCUUUAGCUUGAUCCUGACCCUCUACAACAAGCUGGUCCUCGGAUUUUUCCCCUUCCCGUGGCUUCUGACCUCGAUUCACGCCACGUGCGCGAGCUUGGGAUGCUAUGGUCUGCUUCAAGGUGGCUACUUCACCAUGUCCCACUUGGGACGCCGUGAGAACCUCGUCCUGCUCGCGUUCAGUCUGCUUUUUACCACCAACAUUGCCGUUUCGAACCUGUCACUUGCCAUGGUGUCGGUAGCCUUCUACCAAGUGCUGCGGACUACGGUCCCGGUCUUUACUGUUCUCAUUUAUCGCGUCAUCUUCGGCCGCACAUACGAGAACAUGACCUACCUGACACUCGCCCCCAUCAUGGUCGGUGCUGCCCUCACCACUGUUGGCGAGUAUACCUUUACCGAUCUUGGAUUCCUACUCACUUUCGCGGGCGUCAUGCUUGCUGCGGUUAAGGUAUGUUAUUUUGGUUCUCACCACCCGCCUAUCAUCCGAUUUUUUGAGUUUCCUUGUUACGCAGGGACUGGGUGCUCCAAUUGGGCCCGGCAACUCCGCCCUCUGAAACUUCAUCCCAUAUACAGUCCACUUUCAAUGCAUGAACUGAGGCGCUGA